AGCAGCAACAGCAAUAGCAGCACGCAAAGUAGCCGCCAGCCGAGUGGCAACAGCAACCGCCGAGUGGCAGCGGCGUCGCACGUAGUGCGGCAACAACAACCACAUGCAAUAAAACAGCUGAUAGCGCAACAGCAGCAACAAAUAGAAACGAACACUACAACAAAGCAGCGCGCAUUAUCAGUCGGGCAACAACAGGUCUCUCAGUCUUCGUCUCCGUCGGCGCGCAAAAAAAAGCCCGCCUGCUGCCACCGCUGCAAGCAGCACAGCACUCACACACGGAUAGACGGACACACGGACAGACAGACAGAGAGAGUCGCACACCUUUGCGUUGAUUUUGGACGAAGCGACAGCGUUGACGUCGCCAGCCUGCCCUCGCUCGCUCUCCACGCUCACAUUCUCGCUCUCUCUCUCUCGCACAAAGUGCAGCUGAGCUGCCGUUUGGACGCGCCGCUGCCUGCUCCCGCUGCCCGCGGCCGUACUUGCCGCUGCUGUUUCCUCUGCCACACCACACCACACCACACACCAGCAGCCGCCAACCGCCAACCACCGCCGCCGCCUCAGUCGAAAGUCAAAAGCAACGUGUUGUGGACGCUUUUUCGUCGUCGCGUUGCGUUCGCCUUUUUUGCUGCUGCCUCCUCUCUCUCUCUCUUUCUACUCUCCCACCACCACCUCCUCCAGCCGCAGCAGCAGCAGCAGCAGCCUGCACCUCCUACCCACCUCAGCCUCAUUGCACCCACCUCCACCACCGCACCAGCACCCAACCAGCCCCAUCAUUGAGAACAACCAGCAGCUGCAAGGGGGAGCGGGCACAGGAAAACUUUCACCACGAUGUCCAGCAGCGCCGCAGCAGCGCAGCAGCAGUACAAGCUCGAUGCCAACUCCAAUGCCAUAGUGCUGCCUCUGCCGCUGCCACUGGCGCUGCCGCCAUCCCCAACACCGACGCCAACACCCGUCGACCGUGUCGAAUGGUCGCGCGCCACCAUCCUGGGCUUCAUCGAGGACUACCGGCGUCAGCGGGUGCUGUGGGACCCCAACACGAAGGGCUACCACAUUAAGCAGACGAAGUACGAGGCCCUGAAGCUGCUCAGCGAGAAGUACGGCACGGAGAUCCGCUCGAUUCGCUCCAAGAUCAAAUCACUGCGCAGCUCUUUCCACCGGGAGCAUGGCAAGGUGCUGAGCGGGCGCAACCGGGGCGUGCUUUACCAGCCCAUGUGGUUCGCCUACGAGGCCAUCCGCUUCAUUCUGGACGGAGAGCGAGACGGUGGCAGUGCGCUGGACGGCGACAUAACCGUAAUGACCGUCGAUGGAGUCCACUGCGAUCCAGACGGGGAUACAGAGACGGACGAGAAGCUGGCGCUAAUGCACAGCCUGGAUCUGGAACAGCUGACGGCUGCGGCGGCGGCCGCGGGAAAGCAGCAACAGGUUGUUGAUCAGCAACGCGAGGAGCUCGUCGCCCGCAUCGCUUUGGCCGCUGUGGCAGCGGCUGCGGAAGCGGCGAGUGCCAGGGAUCGCGACCGGGAUCUAGAGCGGGACCUCAGUCUGGACAGGGAUGUGAAUGCUGUUGGCGCCGAGGAAGAUCUCGACGAGAGCGGCGAUACUGGCGGAGGCUGCCGUCGUCCCCCCUCCUCAGCAACUGUGACACGUUCCUCCUCCGAUUUGGAUGGAGAGAAUUACUGUAGAAUCAGCGCCGAAGAUGUAAAAACAGAAAUUAUAGAGCACGAAUCAGAGAUGGGGAUGCUGGACAGACAGAGCAGUACGCCCUCGCCCAUCAACUACUACAAGCCAACGGACCUCACCUACAAUCAUCGCAAGCGCAAGGCGCUGGACGAGAAUGGUGCGGGCGUGGUCCUGGGCAUGGAGCAUGUCGUGGGGGCCCUGACACUGACGCCCAUCAAGACAUCGUCGUCGCCGGCGACGGCGCAGUCGUUAUCGCAGGGCCAGCAGAUGAACCACAGCCAGCUCGCGUUUCACGCGCUGCAGCAGCACUUAAACCACAACCACAAUUGCAACGGGCAACCGCAGCAACAUCAACAACAGCAGCAGCAGCACCAGCACCAGCACCAGCAACAGCAAAAUCAAGCGUUGCAGCAACAGCAGCAAAACCAGCAAAAACAUUCCACAAACAUGGCACAAAAACGUGAUCGUGAUCGUGAUCUCUCAGCGUUGGCAGGAGGCAACACCACCAAAAACAGCAACAACAACAGCAACAACCACAACGGUUCCAGUUGCCACACCAGCAACACAUCCUUGGACCUGCCCACGGGCACGGCCGUAACAUCGAGCAACUGCAGCUCCAGCAGCAGCGGUGCCACACCGUCAAAGCAAACCGGGCUGAGCGCCAACCAUGCGGAUGAGUACGGCGUAUUCGGGGAGUACGUGGCCAUCACAAUCCGCAAACUAAAGACCUCGAAGUCGAAGAUAGCCGUAAAGCACCUCAUAAAUAAUCUGCUUUACGAGGCGGAACUCGGUGCCUACGAUCAGGGUAUACCAUCCACCAAGGAGCCGCCGCAGCUGUAUAAGAUGCAGUAGUAGAGUGUGAACCAUAGCCAGUAGUAGUAGUAGUCCAAAUGGAGGUUGAGAAAAGAGGAUGCAGGACGAGAGGAUAGAGAGACAACGCACUAGU